AUGCGUGACCAUGGUUGUUAUAUGUACGCUUCCGCGCUGAAUCAUCAGACUGGAGAUGUCACCAUGACUGUUGAAGAUAUGAGGGAAUGGAUGGGAGACUUCAGCAGUAGCAAGAAUGUGCCAAAACUGAUGAGUAGAAUGGGACAAUGUUUCACUCAAGCUCAGCCGACUGUGCAGGUCAUUCAAAAAGAGUGCUGUGUUGAGGAUGACGUAGAAGGAGGAAAGGGUCAUCCAGAAACACAUGAACUGUAUUGCUUUUCCGACGGAUGUGGUCGAAUAGCACCUUCACUAGCUAGACGAAUUGCGUUAGACCUACAGCUUGACAUCGUUCCUUGUUGCUAUCAGGUUCGCUUCAAAGGAUUCAAAGGAGUACUUGCUGCCGAUCCUUCACUAGAUUUACCUAAGAGGGGCCCAAAGGUAGUGUUCAGGUACGUUUCUUGA